CUGAAAGAACUGAAAGAGCUGAGGAGAAAGAGAAAGAAUGUGGGAGGAGGAGAGAGAGACUGGGCCAUUUUAAAAGCAUGACAGAGGAUUAAUUGCUUUUGGGCCAACUGGAGGGUUUCCGGCACUUUCUGAAGUGAAUCAGCUCAUCCAGGACCACCGGUCUCUGCCACCUUCACUGGAUAUCAUUUUGAGGCUCAGGAAUAAAAAAUGAAUUAUUGCACUCAUUAGAGACUCUGCACAGCUGGCGAAUGGAAAAAAGUCCGGUUUGGGGCAGGGAGUGUUUCUCCUUACGUGACCUCCAAGGGCUUAUGGUGUCAAGGUGGUGACGGGAAAAGUCCAGAUUUGGAAGCGGGAGGCCUGAUGUCUCCCAAGGCUUUCUUGGUUCUCAGAAGAACAGAAAAGGGGCCCUGAUGCCGGAUAGGACCAAAGACUUUGCCUGCCUCAGUGCUCCUUCCUCACAGUAGCCGAACUGGAGCAUGGAAUCACACAAUCCCAGAGUUGGAAGAGACCCCAAGGCUUAUCCAGUCCAACCCCUUUCUGCCAUGCACAAAGACACCAUCAAAGCACACCUAAGAGAUGGCCAUUCAACCUCUGUUUAAAAACCUACAAAAGAGGAGACUCAACCAACCUCCGAGGCAACAUCUUCCACUGCCAAACAACUCUUACUGUCAGGAAGUUCUUCAUAACAUUCAGGUCCCUUUCAGCAACCGGAAUAAACACAUCAUCUGUCUCCAGAUGGAAAGAGGUCUCCUGGGGCCAAGAGAAGAGAGAAUCCUUUGGCUCGCUGACACAUCCGCACCGUCUCCAUCGUUUGGGCAACUCCAUCACCUGUGCCAAGAGCAAAGACGUAAAGCUGCUAACCUGAUGCAUCCAGGGAGGAAAGAAAAUCACAAGAGGGAGAAAUAAGACACUGUAUUUUUCGCUGAGCUGAAACAGGCAGCUGGGGGAUCUGUGAAGAGCAGGAAAAGUCAGUUUGUAUAACUGAGAGCGUAUGUUCAGCAGACCCAGCAGCAGCGCUUGAAACCUCUAGAUGCAUUUUGCAGAAGACAGGCUUCUGGGGUGAGUUUUCCAACAGAGACGAGGCAAGUUUCGGUGAACCUCCCCUUCUCUCCUUGGAAGGAAGGGACCAAAGAAAUAAAGGAUAGAAGGAAAAAGAAAGGGAGAGAAAGAGAGAGAAGUCAAGUUUAUUCAACAUUAACCAGGCUCUUGCACCCAACCCUAACAACAAACCAAUCUCAUAUUCAAGAUGAAAUAGCCAAACUGGUAAUAAGAGAGAAAAGAAGGAAGAUUAACUGAAGAAAUUGAGUUUGCCUAGACUGGGCAAGGUGGCACAGGACGACACCCAUGCCAAGGAAAACGGCAGCCUGCAAAAAGGACCAGCCCACACCAAGGUGAAGUUGCUGUUGAUUGAUUGAUUGAUAGGUGAAGUUGCUGGGUGGCACAAAACCUGUCCAAGAAUCCGUCCAAAGCAAAGAGGCCACCUGGGAGUUGGCCUGACCUCUGGCUGGUGGGAGAAAGGGCGAAAGAGAAGGAAGAAUCCUUUUUCCCUGGCAAUGCUGUGAGGGUCAAAUCAUUUUGGAGUUUCUAUCCAGGUGCCUCUUGAUAGAGUGGCUGGUGUCUGUUCCUUAUAAAAUUGCUGCCCCACGAAGAAUGGUACCCAGGUGUCUCUGAGAUGGAUCAUGUGAGGGAAGCUGUUUUGGAGGGGUCAAGGAGGAGACCAGAAGCUGGACGGAGAUCAGCUGGACACCAGCAUGGCUAUCUGAAGGAAAACUAAACAGAAUCCAGGGGGGCUUUUUCUGGGCUGCUUGGCCAAGUUGCCUUAAUUUUUAAGUCUGCAAUAUAUAUUUUUUUUUUUUUGGCUUUCAUUUCCUGGGAGAACAUGGAUGGACCUUCAAGGUGACUUCUCCUUCCCCGCCACCCCUCUGGGCCUCCUUGAUUUUUGUCCUUGGAUUGGGAGCUUUUUGGGUGUUGCGGUGUGGUUGGUUUUGCAAUUCCUCAUGGCUCUGGAUUUGGGCUUCUGCAAGAGUGCUUAUUGACGGAUAACUUUGGAGAGAGAAGACUGCAGGAGACAGAGAGUUUCAAUGUUCUGACUCAAUCUACGAUGAAGGUAUGGAAGUUUGCAGCCAUAGCCUCGAUGCUCUUCAGUUCCAUGCUCUCCGUUUUGGUUUGUAGAGACCUCUUCAGUGGGACCUCUGCCUUGGCCUUCUUGCCAUCGUCGCUGUCCUCCAUCUCUUCAUCCUCCCAGACCGACAGGCAAAGGCGGCACCCACGGGACCUGGGACACCGAGCAUCGCUGAUCUCCCAGUACAGCACCUUGUUUGAGAGCUACACUGAGGGAGAAAUCCACCAGCUGAUCUCCACUCUGAUCGAGAGGUACAGCCAGUCCAUGAACUCCGGAGGGCACGAGCUGCCCCUCUUCGCCAAAGCCGGCAACCGGAUGAAGCGCGCCAAGGCCCGCCACAAACCCUGUUCCCUCAAAGAGCUGGAGGUGACUGUCAGCGAACUGGGCCUCGGCUACAAGUCGGACGAGACCGUCCUCUUCCGCUACUGCAGCGGCACCUGCGAUGCGGCCGUGAGGAACUACGACCUUUCCUUGAAGAACAUCCGGAGCAUGAGGAAGAUCAAGAAGGAGAAAGUGCGGGCUCGGCCGUGUUGCAGGCCCCUGGCGUACGACGAUGACGUCUCCUUCCUGGACAUGAGCAACCGGUACCACACGGUGAACGAGGUGUCAGCCAAAGAAUGCGGCUGCGUAUGAUGGAUGAGCCAAAGGAGUGGAAAUAUGAGGAGCGUCCAGUUCUCCAUCAAGCAAGAGGUGCCCAAAGGGUUUGCUGACACGAGGGCAGUCAUCCGAAGGCGAAUGAGAGAGAGAACCAUAGAGUUGGAAGUCCAGCCCACUGCCAUGCAGGAAGACACAAUCAAAGCAUCCCCAACAGAAAACCAAAGAGGACAACCAGGGAGACUCUCGCACUCAGAACAUCCAAGGAGGUGACUAGUUUCUCUGUCUACUUCGGUGUUGCUGGUAGACACACAAAAGUCAAGAAGGAACUUUGGACCAUCUGUGCUGCCUGGAGGACCACCUAUCUUGCAAAAUAGGAGAAUACAUCUGAGAGUGAUGAUGGUAUCAACCUCCCACGGCCAUCUUUGGCCAUUAUAGUUUUCUGACCAGAGGCCACUGUGUGGGACAACGCCAGAAAGAAGUCUUUCACUAUGUCUCCGUUGUUCUGCCAUGAGACAGGUUCCUGAUACAGAAGAUACAGCAGGAGGAGAACAAACAUCAGCAGUGCAUUUGUUCAGAGCUUUAUAAACUUGUAAACUUACAGUAUUUUAAAAAAGAACAACAAGAAGGAUAUCUCAUUUGCAACAGAUUUCAUCUGUUCAUUUACAGAAACAGCCAUUUACAGACCAUUUUGGUCAAGCUGGAGAUCUUUAAUUCAGUGAUUUCAUUGGGGAGCUUCGAAGCAUGGGUUCAUUUAACUUGAUGCACGAUGAACCUUUUGGAGGUGUGCAAAGAUGAAGACUGACAGAUUCAAGGAACUUUCUCCUUGGACCGUAAGAGCAUUAUCCUACCCUUAUCUUAAUGUACAGUUAUAACAGUACUGUGUAAAAAUAUAAAUAUUUAUAUUUAUAUAUAUGAGGAAUGUAAACAUAGUUCUAAAAUAUCAACAAAUGUAUACCAAAGGCUUCUAUUCUUUCUCAGGUAUUGCAUCAACUUCUUAAUGGUAUUUAGUUGUAAGUGGAAUUCUCUAAGCUUCUGAAAGAGUAAGAACAUAAAUAUUCUAACACUACAGGAAUAGUGGGACAAA